ACGACGCUCUUAGAGAAACGAUGCCGAUUCUUGUCACACACCAAUUCAUCCAAACGACCGAACUAUAUCUUGCCACGUAUCAUUGCGUUGGGGGAUCAUCCGACAACAGAGCUGCAAAUUUGCUACGUUCAGUAAAAAUUUCCCGUAUCUCUAAAACGACGUCGCAAAUCAAGGUCGGAGCUGGAAAGUAAACAAGGCGGUAAGGUUUAUGUACAUAACGCAAAGCGGGGCAAUCUGCGUGGAUUGUCUGAACUCUGAAGUCUGAACCUUCCUCCAUUUCUAGAAAUCGGAAGAACAAUUCCUUGUGCUGUCCAAGCAUACACAGAGAAAAAGGAACAGAGCGUUCGAUAGGGAGCAGCUAUGGUGAAAGUGCGCAUGAACACGGCCGACGUGGCCGCUGAAGUCAAGUGCUUGCGAAGGUUAAUCGGCAUGCGAUGCUCCAAUGUCUAUGAUCUCUCUCCCAAGACGUAUGUAUUCAAGCUAAUGAAUAGCAGCGGAGUAACAGAAUCAGGAGAGAGUGAGAAGGUUUUGCUUUUGAUGGAAAGCGGCGUCCGUUUGCAUACCACUGCUUAUGUUCGGGAUAAAAGCAACACACCUUCUGGGUUUACGCUAAAAUUAAGGAAGCAUAUACGUACAAGAAGGCUCGAGGAUGUGCGGCAGCUUGGAUACGAUAGAAUCGUUCUCUUCCAAUUUGGACUUGGUGCUAAUGCACACUAUGUAAUAUUAGAGUUGUAUGCUCAAGGAAAUAUUCUGCUCACUGAUUCUGAGUUCACUGUUCUAACGCUACUUCGGUCACACAGGGAUGAUGAUAAAGGGUUUGCAAUCAUGUCGCGGCAUCGGUAUCCUACUGAAAUUUGUCGAAUUUUUGAGCGAACAACUGCUGCAAAGUUGCAGGAAGUUCUUACAUCCUUUAAAGAGCUAGAUAAGAGCGAGCCUGUUAAAGAUGAUGAAAGUAACUUGACUGAUAAAACUAAAAAAGAAAAGCAGGGUAAACAUAAGGGUGGAAAAUCUUCUGAGCCAAGUAAAAAUACUGGCGAUGGAAAUCGUGGCAAGCAAGCCACAUUGAAGACUGUCCUUGGCGAGGCACUGGGUUAUGGUCCUGCACUUUCUGAGCAUAUGAUAUUGGAUGCUGAUCUGGCUGCAAAUACAAAAUUUUCUAAAGAUAAUAGGCUAGAUGAUGAUACAAUACAGGUUUUGUUCCAUGCUGUUGCAAAAUUCGAAGACUGGCUUGAAGAUGUUAUUUCAGGGGACAAAGUUCCUGAAGGAUACAUUUUGAUGCAGAACAAAAAUUUGAGCAAGGGCCGCACCCCAUCUGAAUCUGGAAGCACUUCUCAGAUCUACGAUGAAUUCUGCCCCAUGUUAUUGAACCAAUUCAGAACAAGGGAACAUUCAAAGUUUGAAUCAUUUGAUGCUGCAUUGGAUGAGUUCUAUAGCAAGAUUGAGAGUCAGAGAUCCGAACAACAACAAAAAGCAAAAGAGGACUCUGCCGUUCAGAAGUUAAAUAAAAUACGCCUGGAUCAGGAAAAUCGCGUGGUAACAUUAAGGAAAGAAGUAGACCACUGUGUUAGAAUGGCGGAAUUGAUAGAAUACAACCUAGAAGAUGUAGACAGUGCUAUAUUGGCUGUUCGUGUGGCUCUUGCAAAGGGAAUGAGUUGGGAGGACCUAACUCGUAUGGUGAAGGAAGAGAAGAAGUUGGGAAACCCUGUGGCUGGCCUAAUUGACAAGCUCUACCUAGAAAGGAACUGCAUGACAUUGCUUUUAAGCAACAAUCUUGAUGACAUGGAUGAUGAUGAAAAGACACUUCCGGUGGACAAGGUUGAAGUGGAUUUGGCACUUUCUGCACAUGCCAAUGCUCGGCGGUGGUAUGAACAGAAGAAAAGGCAGGAAAGCAAGCAAGAAAAGACUGUUAUAGCCCAUGAAAAGGCUUUUAAAGCUGCUGAAAGAAAGACUCGUCAGCAGCUUUCACAGGAAAAAUCUGUUGCCACUAUAUCACAUAUGCGUAAAGUUCACUGGUUUGAGAAAUUUAAUUGGUUUAUCAGCAGCGAGAACUAUUUGGUUAUUAGUGGACGUGAUGCGCAACAAAAUGAGAUGAUAGUCAAGCGUUAUAUGUCAAAAGGAGAUCUUUACGUCCAUGCAGAUCUUCAUGGAGCCUCUAGUACUGUAAUUAAGAACCACAGGCCUGAACAACCUGUACCUCCUCUCACUUUAAACCAAGCUGGAUGUUUCACAGUUUGCCACAGCCAGGCAUGGGAUUCAAAGAUUGUUACUAGUGCUUGGUGGGUGUACCCUCAUCAGGUCAGCAAGUCUGCUCCUACAGGGGAGUAUCUCACUGUUGGAAGCUUCAUGAUUCGUGGGAAGAAGAACUUUCUCCCUCCGCAUCCUCUUAUAAUGGGCUUUGGAUUGUUAUUUCGCUUGGACGAGAGCUCUUUGGGAUCACAUUUAAAUGAAAGGAGGGUACGUGGUGAGGAGGAAGGAUUGAAUGACUUUAAAGAAAGUGGCUCUGUCCAAGAAAUUUCCGAUUCCGAUUCAGAGAAGGAAGCAACAGGCAAAGAACACGGGGUAGAAUCAGAAAAUAUUGCUAAUGACUCGACUGUCUCUAAUGCUGAAGUCAUUGAUCCACAUAAAGUUUUUCAAGGAGGAACUGCUGUCAGUGGAGUCAGCACUGAAGAGAUGCCUGUUAUUGUUGGAAAUGGCGUUGCUUCUGUUACCCCACAACUUGAGGAUCUCAUUGAUAGAGCUCUUGGGUUGGGACCUGCUACUUUAUCUCAAAAAAAUUAUGAUGUGGAAACAUCCCAGGUUGAUCUGUCUGAUGAUCAUGAUCAUGAGGAAAGGAAAGCAAGAUUGAGAGAUAAACCUCAUAUUUCAAAAGCUGAAAGAAGAAAGCAAAAGAAAGGUCAGAAAAGUGGUGUUGGAGAUGCAAAAAAUGAGCAGGAGAAAGAAGAAUCAAAAGAAAUCGAUGUUUCUGUCAGUAGUCAACCUGAAAAGAGUAUUCAAAAUAACAAGGCAGGAGGUGGAAAAAUCAGUCGUGGGCAGAAGAGUAAACUUAAGAAGAUGAAGGAGAAGUAUGCAAAUCAAGAUGAGGAAGAAAGGAGCAUCAGGAUGGCUUUACUGGCUUCUGCUGGAAACACAUGCAAGAAAGAUGAAGAGACACAAAAUGAAAAUGCUGCUAUUAGCAAAGGGAAACCACCUGUUAUUGGUCCUGAUGAUGCUCCAAAAGUAUGUUAUAAAUGCAAAAAGGCAGGUCAUCUCGCUCGGGAUUGCCCCGAACAUCCAGAUGAUCAUUCAGGUAGUCGUGCAAAUGGUGGAACAGUCGAUAACUCUCGUGUGGGUUUUGACCAUGCCACUUUGGAGGCAGACAGGAUGGCCAUGGAGGAAGACGACAUCCAUGAGAUAGGUGAAGAAGACAAAGGGAAGUUAAAUGAUUUGGAUUACUUGACUGGAAAUCCCUUGCCUAGCGACAUUCUCUUGUAUGCUGUGCCUGUUUGUGGUCCUUACAAUGCAGUGCAGUCAUACAAGUACCGAGUGAAAAUUGUUCCUGGCACUGCAAAGAAAGGAAAAGCUGCAAAAACUGCCAUGAAUUUGUUCAGCCACAUGCCAGAAGCAACUAGCAGGGAGAAGGAAUUGAUGAAAGCAUGUACAGAUCCUGAGCUAGUUGCUGCAAUUAUCGGCAAUGUAAAGAUCACAGCUGCAGGCCUCACACAGUUGAAGCAGAAGCAAAAAAAAGGCAAGAAGAACAAAGAGGGAAAAUAGCAAAGUUCAGUUUAGCUAACGAGUUUGUAAAAGCAAAGCUCGAUGAAAAGAAGGCUGUAUAUCCUCACAGACUUCUAGGGAUAAAGUUUUGUCUUUGGAACAAUUACUCUGCUGUACAAAAAAAAAAAAAAAAAAAAAAAAA